AUGGACGUGCCGGUCAUCAUGUUGCUCCUCCACCUGACCCACACCGAGAUUAGUGCGCUGCUGACCGGCCGGCUGGACGGAGGUGCUCGAUGUCCCCUCGGCCAGUUCCCCUGUGGGAACAUAAGCGAGUGUCUCCCCCAGGCUUUGCAGUGCAACGGGCAGAAGGACUGUCCGAACGGAGCCGACGAGCGGCGCUGUGGGGACAACAUCGGAUGGGCCGACUUAUUUGGCCAAACACUCCAAGAUGCCAAUGAUGUGGACCAGCACUUACUGAAUGAGUGUUUCUUACAGGAGUAUCCAGAGGAGUGUGCUUGCUUAAAGACAGAUGUGGAAUGUGUGAAGGUCAACCUGCAGGAUGUUCCACUCCUCUCUCCUAACGUUACCUUUCUGUCGCUGAGGAGCAAUGAGAUCCGAGUGUUGACGGAUUUUGUUUUCUCACAAUACUCUUCCCUCGAGAGACUGUUUCUUCAGAACAACAGCCUGCAGUUCAUAUCCAAACGUGCUUUCAGCGGCCUGCUCAGCUUAAAGAGGUUGUUUCUCAGUGAGAACUUGAUAUCUUCUCUCAGUCCUGGUGUGUUCAGGGAUCUCCAUCGGUUAGAGUGGCUGGUGUUGGAUCAUAACCCGCUCAGCAACUUGUCCCAGGACACCUUCAUCGGGCUCAAGUCUCUCGUGUACCUAUCCAUGGUGGGCACCGCGCUGCAGCAGCUUCCACACCUAGGCUUCUGUCGACACAUGCCUGCUCUGGACUGGCUGGAUCUUGAGGGAAAUCAGAUUCAAAUUCUCAACUACUCCAUCUUGAAGAACUGCAGCAACCUUGAAGUUCUAUUACUGAUGGACAACCGGAUCAGAAAUAUUCCCGAAAACACGUUCCAGUCUCUGUGGAAACUGGCUGAACUGAAUCUGUCCAGCAACAGGAUACGGAAGUUGCCAAAAAACACCUUUAGGAGCCUCUCCAAGUCCCUCCUUAAACUAAAUAUUUCCCAUAAUCCACUUCUCAAGAUUCACCGCGGUCACUUCACCCACCUAACAAAUGUUCAGUCUCUGGCGCUGGAGGGGAUAGAGAUCCCAGACAUUCAGACUAAGAUGUUCCUGCCGAUGAAGAACCUCUCCCACAUCUACUUUAAGACGUUCCAGUACUGCUCCUAUGCGCCUCAUGUCAGGUCCUGUAAACCCAACACGGACGGCAUCUCUUCCUUUGAGGACCUGCUGGCUAACAUGGUGCUGCGGGUGUCUGUCUGGGUCAUGGCCUUUAUUACCUGCUUUGGUAACCUGUUUGUCAUCGGCAUGAGGUCACUGAUACGAGCCGAGAACAACCUGCAUGCCGCCUGCAUCAAGGUCCUUUGCUGUGCAGACUGCCUCAUGGGCGUGUACCUGUUUUUCAUCGGAGUGUUCGAUGUGAAAUUCCGUGGACAGUACAAUCGUAACGCCCUGCUCUGGAUGGAGAGCGUCGAGUGUCGGACCAUUGGAUUCCUGGCCAUGCUCUCCUCAGAGGUGUCUGUUCUCCUCCUGACCUACCUGACUCUGGAGAAGUUCCUGGUCAUUGUCUUCCCCUUCAGCAACCUGCGUCCGGGCAAACUUCAGACUGUGGUGGUCCUGGCCUCUAUCUGGCUACUGGGGUUCAUUAUUGCCGCUGUGCCCCUGAUGAACGAGGACGUGUUUGGAAACUACUACGGACGCAAUGGGGUCUGCUUUCCCCUGCACUCUGACAGGCAAGAAAAACCUACCGCCAAAGGAUAUUCAACAGGGAUAUUUCUGGGCCUAAACCUGGUGGCCUUCCUGGUGAUCGCCUUCUCCUACGCCACCAUGUUCAUCUCCAUCUAUAAAACUGGCAUCAACGCCACAGACUUGAGGAGCAGCCUGCACAGAGACGUGGCUGUGGCCAACAGAUUCUUCUUCAUCGUGUUCUCUGACGCCCUCUGCUGGAUUCCCAUAUUUUUGGUGAAAGUCCUCUCACUAUUGGAGGUGGAGAUACCUGGCACCAUCUCCAGCUGGGUAGUCAUCUUCAUCCUCCCCAUCAAUAGCGCCUUGAACCCCAUCCUGUACACCUUGACCACCAGCUUCUUCCGAGAGCAGGUGGAAGUCUUACUGUGUCGUUGGCAGAGAAGACACAUCUUGAAAAAGGACCGCAAAAGCCUCACCUCCUCCACAAUCUACAUGGAGGCGCCGCGGCCUCCUUGUUACCAGCCACCAGAGUAUCUCCAACAAAUGUCCCUGACCGGCGCAGAUCCCCGCUACGCCUGAGGCGAAGGCCGGGACUUUCCCGGUGCUUUGUAAAGGUUCAAGGGGCCUCUUGCUGGUUAUUUCUUUACGCUCCUACAGGACAGUGGCGGUAUGCGACUAGCUUUCCAGUUGAACAAGACUGACAAUCACAGGCUCUGAUGUGCUUUCACAUUUGUUUAAAAAAUAUAUAUACUAUACAUACAGACUUGGACAGCACUUUAAGGUUCAGCGAAGAUAGGAAAAGGAAAGAAGAUGGGUGAGAAGAUAAAUAGCAGCAGAUACUGUAUCAUGCAUAUAUACAUCUCACUAGCAGCCCGAGGACUUCAAUCAAGCAAGGAAACAUGUACUUUAGUUACCCAUUGGUCAGAUUAUCCAAGUAGAGCAGGAGAGAGAGAAAGAGUAAGUUGGGAGACACGUACAUUACAUGUCAUUUAGCUGACAUUUUUUAUCCAAAGCGACUUACAAUCAAGUUUCAUUCAUACACCGUACACACAGCUACAGUGAGGCAUUCAGGGUUAAGUGUCUUGCUCAAGGACACAUGGAUAUGGUGGGGGAUUGAACCGCCAACCCCCUGAUUGAAAGACAGACCUGCUAACCACUGACCCACACGCAGCCAAAGAUCUCGCUGAUCUCACAGACAUUGUCUUCUAUGGAGUGAAUUACAGGUUAAAGCUCACUGAGUCACGGAUGUAACAUCCGACGCGACACUAAUAGGUUCAUGGACAAACAAAAACAAGGAGAGAGACUGGGACUGCAUGAACUAAACAAAUGGUUUAUGGAACUAUAAUGCUGUCGUAAUCCAAAGGAAAUUGUAAAUCAAUGAAUUUUUUUAUGAAUGUCGACAGCACAUGUUUGAAAUUAUAAUUUCUUCUUUUAUCCACUCGUUCAAAUGCAGCACAUGACAUUUUUAUAUCUUCUAUGGAAUAAUUAGGUUUCAAAUUAGAAAGACAAUUUAAGGUAAUUAUGCUAUCCAAAUAUCCCAUGCCAUUUAUUAUGCUCUGCUUCCUCUCUUUGUAUUUUGUUGUCUUGUUUUUAUCUUUCUUUUAAUGUCUCUUGUGCUGUUAAUUGUUGGCUUUAUUGCCUGAAUAGCUUUAUUAUACAGUAUUGAAUGCAACAUUUUCCAAUACAUUCCACAAAUGAUAUUACAGUUAAUAAACAAAUCUGCAAAUUAAAUGUUCAAUAGCACUUUAAACUAUUAGUUUCAACACACGUCUUGAUAUUAUGAAUGACAAAUACAUUUAAAAAAAUUUUACCCUUAAUGACUGUUUUCACAAUGACAAUGUGAACUGGACUUUUGCAUUUUAAUUAUGUCAAAAGGUGAAAAUGUUUUUGCAAAUGGGAAUUUUAUUGAAUUAAGGCAGGAUUAUAAUUACAUGAACAAGGCACUUAAAAAUUUAGAAGAAACCAGACAAUGUGAGAAAGAGAUAGAAAGACUUAACCAAUCGACAAUCAGUGAAUGUCGUGCAUCAGUUACGUGUAGCAGGAGCUUCCUGUUCCCUAAUGAAUGCUAACUGAUGCUCAUUUGUAUCUUUUUUUAUGUUGUUCUGAUUGUUUUUUGGCCUGACUUUGUUACAUGACAUUUUGUACAAUGUAUCUGCAUGUAACAUUAAAUGUAAACUGUAUUAAGGACACAACAUAAGGGGGGGCCAUAGGACAAUAAAAUACAAAAACAAAGAAAAAGAAAAUACCGUACACCAUUAAAUUAUAAACUGGAUUAAAACGGUUGGUUGGAGCAUGCUGCGUAUAAUCCAUACAUGAGGACUUUGUUCAUUUCAGAUUUGUUGUCACUGGGUUUAUGAGACAUCGCCUGGACUUCAUGUCUCUGUUUAUACUUUUUAUACUGAUAAAUUAUAUCAUAUACUUUUGUUCAGUUGCUUUGAUUCAAUGAGAACAUAUAACCAGAUGGUGAAAGAGUAACAAGACAAGGACUGUUCUACAGGUGUACAGAUUUAUAUAGUAUGUACACACUCGCAUGAAAUAAGGACUAUCAUUUUGUAUAAUGCUCUGCAGGUUUGAAUGUGUUGUAUAAUAUUUGUUACAAGAGUCUUGUUUGUGUAUGUUAUGUAUUGUAUCUGUUGAAGUCAGGUUGGUUGUUUUCUGUUUAUUGGUUUCCACACAGAGGUCGCCCUGUGACAUGGAUUAAUUAAAAAAAUGAAAAUAAACUUGAAGUAUAAAGUA